GCGGGGCAUUUUUUUUUUUUUUUUUUUUUUUUUUUGCUUUGCCUCUCGCUUUGUCUGUCGAAACAAUCCGAGACCGAAUAAUCGAGUAAUGACCCCAAAAUUACCCAGCCCAGAUCCAGAAUAACCGGGUGGGAUUGGUUGCGACGGACAUGAAAGUGCGUGUUGUAAGCCUGUAAGGUGCAAGCAAAAAGCCCUAUAUAGAUCUGCGACCCCGUAAUCAUAAUCAGCAGACCUGGUACCACCCACCAGAUAUAUUCGUGCCUGUGCCCCCCAGCAAUCCUUCCUGAGAUUCUUCUCUUUUCCUUUCUUCUUCUUUCAUCAUGUCCGAGCAGAACAACAAUCCUUCCUCCAACCCUUCUACCCCUCAACAAGAGAACACUCCUGGUACCCCCCAGCCUCAGGAGGAGAACCAGUCGGAGCAGCAACCUGAUCAGCCCAACGAAGAAGACAACAAAGACAGCAACGAAUCGGAGCAGAAGCCCGACGAAGACAAGGAAGACGACAAGGAUCAGGAUCAACCCCAAGAACAAUCCCAAGAACAAGACAAACCCGAGGAGAAAUCCGAAGAGCCUGAGAUAAAGCAAGAAGAGCAAGAAGAGCAAGAAGACAACAAGCAGCAAGACAAGCAAGAGGAGCCUCAACCCAAGCAAGAAGAGCCUGAAUCCGACGGCCCUCAACCCAAACAAGAACCACAGUCCGAAGACAACAGCAAGCCUCCCAAGAAGGACCCGCAACAGCGCAAACGCCGUUCGCGUCCUCCCCAGAAAAUCCACAAGCAAGAAGAAGAAUCCGAGCCGGAAAACAUCCCCCGCAACAACAACAAAAUGGACAACGGAGCCGUUGAGAAGCCCCGCCGUCAGCGCCGCCAGCGCACCCAGCAGCAGCAGGGAGGUCAGGACGGUGGUCUCGGUGGACUCCCCGGAGUCGGCCAGGCAGGCGAUCUCGUCCAGAACACGGCGGGUCAAGCGCUGGGUGGCAUCACGGGGGGAGCCGGUAAGACCGUCGGCGGCCUCCUCGGUGGUGGCAAGCAGGAUGAAGGCGACGGCAAGGACGAACAAUUGCGACUGCGUCUGGAUCUCAACCUGGACAUUGAAGUUCAACUGAAGGCUAAGAUCCAUGGUGAUCUGACUCUGGGCUUAUUUAGCUAACCGCGUCCACAACUUCUUCGUAGGAACUAACCUGACACGCGCUUUUUCUGUUUCCUUUUACGAUCCUCUCUUCGAUCUUCUCUCUCCAGUUCUUGGCAAUUUCUUUUUGCGGACGAAAGCAAAGAGGUUUUUCGAUAGAAAAAGUGCUGCUGUCCCUUCCCUCACACUGG